CUCGAGGCCACUAUUCUCAGUAGUUCAACAAAGCAUGAACUUCGUUGGUCUCGACAACAUGGUGAUCGUCCGACACUUGGGAUGGCGGAAAGCGCCAGCUCUGAGCAACAAUGUGCACAGAGGCUUCUCCCACUGACCGAGCGUUCUGCUUGGGAUUUCCACCUUGUUCUGUUUAUUCCUAGGGAGUAGACUGUUCUGAAAAACUUGGUAAUUCGGGAGCAAAAUGCCAACCGCAUUGCUUCGUACGGAUGCAGAGAUGGCGCUACCCCUUGGCGACUGCAGCAAGCAUGCGACGAAAACCCACAGAAUGGGAUCGAGAUCCUCCUCCUAACCGAUGCUGGCUGAUAGGCUACCUACUGCUCGAUGGUUACAGAUGGUCGGCUCUCGCGUUCACCUACCAAAAUAGCGGUCGCGGCUAUCCUAAACUCACGCUGGUGGGCAUAUCCAAGUCCCAGAACGCUGGACUUGGCAAUCUUGUGAAUCUUAACUAUCUAACCCCUGGGCCUGCCACUCCCCGGAUCGCCCCUAGAACGGCGCAUGAGGGAAACCUUCCAAGCGUCUUCCACCAUGCUUCCAUUCGCUUCAGCCCACCUAUCAGACCACGACGCCUUGGUGGCCACCCUCCUUCGCCAAUGCAAGAAGCCGUUUGCAGGUCGACUUGGCCCGAUCAACAGUGCACGAGUUUGCUCAACUUGGGUUUGCUGCUCAGCUGUCGUUUGUCACCAGGGGGUCCAUUUGCAUCAGCACAACGCCGUGGCCAUUGGAAUGCCAUUAAGACCAGUCGAAGUUUCGACUUGAACGCAUCUCAGAUCGGUGUCGUGUGCCCACAUCGGGGCUUAAGUUUUGUCAAUAAUUUAACGGCACUUCCCAGACAGCCAAGUAGGAGCAUUUGCAGCAACAGAAGCCCCGUUGUGGCGGAGACCACUGAAGCAGCUUGUGAGGCAUCAUUGUUAGCUGCCGCCGCUUCAGGAGCCGUCGACGCUAACAAGUAUUAACACUGCCACCGUCUGCAAAUGCCGUCGUGCCGGUACACCCGUGGACGAGGGGGAGAAGAAGAGGGUGGUGGAACCGCUCAUGUCAGCACGAAAAGCUCUUCUCAGAACAGGUACGCAUAGCAGCUGGGUGGUCCAACGAGACAUUUCUAUCGUUCUCGACCACUGGC